UGAAGAUGUGCAAUUCACUGGAGUGGACGUGUGUGCUCAGCUGCUAGAUAUGAGUGCAUGAGAUCAUUGUGCUUCAAAAAGUGCCGUGUUUCAUGAGUUGCCUAUCAGCUGUAGGAGACGAAAUGCUUGUCGCGUGAUUCAUUUCAGCCCCGAAUUGAAUUGACGGACUGGCUUUCUAGACGAUCACUGGUCCUGUUAAUUGAUAGAUAGAUGGAGUGACCGAGCUUGCUUAUGUAAGCUCGUGAAACAACAAAUACAAGCUGAAGGUCUCUGUUGAUGAAGCUGCAGGAAAUCUGGAGCUCGCGGAUUUGAGUCUCCAGUGAUUGUUGCCUUCUACAAAUGUUUCUGCGCCCUUCGAUGAAGUGAUUCAGCUGCGUUUUGUUACUGACUGAUCAAGCAGUCAGAUUCUCAGCUUCUUCAGAAGCCAGCUGAAUUGUUCCUGUAAUCUAGGCGCAUGCUGUGCAAGUGAAUGUACGCUUGUAGCAGGAUGGCAGGCUUAAUAGCUGGUCCAGGCUGCUGCUCUGUGUCGUGGAUGGCAACCAGUCAGGGGUCGUUUUCGAAUUGGAGAAGGAAUAAAUCCGUUUUUCGAAGCCACCGUGUUCGUAUCAAUGCACCUCGAGUUACGCUGGGAGACAAAAGCGACCUGGAAGGCCUGCAGGAGGCAUUCCCUAUGAAAGAGAAGUGGUCAGGAUCCAGUGCCAGUGAUGUAAUCAAGUUGUUCAACGACACUCAACAAAAUAUGCUCUAUCUUAAUAAGCAGAGGUUGAAUGCUAUUGAGGAGGUCCAGAAAACAAGGAGAGACAAUGAUUUCUUAAUAGCAAGGGUAGCCCAGCUAGAAGCCGAGUAUCAGGCCAGUGCCGGAGAAUGUGAAGUUUUGAAUAAAAAGCUCAAAGCUUUGGGGGUCGGUCUGCCAGGAGAAGACUCAGAAGCGGUACCAGUAGUUGAGGUCAAAAAACAACCCAAUCCUUUUUCGGUAUGGGGAGAGCUUCUCUUGCGCGUGGACUCAAUGGCAAUGACUGGGCAAAUAACAUUAAGUCAAGCAACUGGACUGCGAAAUCUGGUUAGAAAAAGGGAUGCACAAGCAGCUGAUGUAUAUUUGAGUAUGUGUGAGAAGGAUGAUCGCGAGCUAUCCUCAAAGCUACUCCAUCUUCUUGACCCGAAUAAAAGGCGUGGAAUACAUGUGAUCCACAUCUGUACAGAAAUGGCUCCUAUAGCCCAGGCAGGAUCUCUGGCCACGUACAUUACAAGCUUGUGCAGCGCACUGAGGAAAAAAGGUCAUUUGGUGGAGGUAAUAUUGCCAAAAUAUGCGUCAGCUGAUUUAAGCUGUUUGAGCAACGUGAAAGAGAUAAACUCGGACUUGUAUUCCUACUUUGGUGGAGAGUGGCAUAAGAAUAAGAUCUGGACUGGAGUCUUUAAUGGAGUUGCUGUAACACUAAUUGAGCCAAAGCAUCCAAGCGGGUUCUUCGAAAGGGAGUUUCUCUACGAUUACGACGAUGAUUUUGAGAGGUUUACGUACUUUUGUCGAGCGGCGUUAGAGCACCUACUUAAGUUGGGAAAACAGCCCAAUAUCCUACAUAUACACAACUGGCAGACUGCUGCCAUUGCACCACUUUUCUGGGACCUGUAUGCUAAGCAGGGGCUCCAAAAUACACGGAUUAUGUUCACUUGCCAUGACUUCAAGUACCAGUGCCUGCAAGAUCCCACCAAGCUCAGCCUCUGCGGUCUCAACCCUCAGGAUCUACAUCGUCCCGAUCGACUGCAGGAUAAUUUUGAAAUGGGCCUAGUUAACCUAUUAAAGGGUGGGAUCAUAUACUCUAAUAAAGUUACCACAGUAUCUCCCCUAUAUGCACAUGAUGUGUUAUCGAAGGAUCAUGGACACGGAAUUGAUACAACUCUAACAAGCCAGAAGUACAAGUUUAUUGGCAUCCUCAAUGGGAUCGAAGGGUUCACGUGGAAUCCAAGUACCGAUCGGUUGAUAUAUUCAAGAUAUUCUCGUCGAGAUCUUUCAGGCAAGCUGGCUUGCAAGGAGGAGUUGCGUAGACAACUGCAGUUCCCGGACUUGGAUGGCUCCACGCCACUUGUUGGAUGCAUAGUUCCUCAUGUAGCCGAACAUGACUUGGAGCUUUUGAGGGCAGCUUUGGACUGUGCUGUGAAUAAAGGAGCGCAGUUUGUGUUCGUAGGCGCAAGCAAAAUCCCCCGAAUUCAAGUCGUUCUGGAAGACCUUCAGCGAGAGAGCAAAAAUGGCCACUUCGCUGUGAACUACAACGAGACCUUGGCACAUCAAAUCAUGGCGGCUUCGGACAUCCUGGUCUGCCCGUGUGUGUCUGAACCGUCCGGUCAAUGGCCGCUGAUCGCUAUGCAUUACGGCACCGUUCCCGUCUCGAGAGAAAUCUAUGGCGUCCGUGGAAGUGUGCUGGAUUCGGACGACUCCUCGCUGGGAAACCCGGCAGAAGCCACAGGAUACACCUUCUGCUCGAGACAAGGAUCAGACUUGGCAAAGUCGUUAAGUAGAGCCAUUGACCGAAUGAAGAACGAUCCCGAAGGAUGGCACCAGCUUGUCCAAAAUGGAAUGGCGACUGAUUAUUCUUGGGACGGCAAGUGUGUAGAAUCCUAUGAGGCUGCAUAUUGGUCCAUCUGUGGCUCAUAGUCGAAGAGAAGCCGGUGUAUAGUAGUGAUUUUGCCCAAAUUCAAACAAACAGUAGAGCUGUACAAAUAUCUUGCCUCACCACCGCCUUCAUGGUUCUGUACUUGUUACAACGUGGUCGUGUCAAGCUUCAACGUGAAGAUUUUGUGAGGCAACGUGAUCUCCUUCUCGGCGGUUUCUUGCUCAAGUGGAAUGAAACCUCGAUCUUAUCAGAUGGUGUAAAAUCUGAACCACGCGACCGUAAGAUGUGGAAGCGACUGUGUAAUGCGAAAUGUAUCGGCUUCAUGCAUAUGCCCACACCUUCCUCGCGGGCUGUAAACUACCACACAGAAGCACACAGCAGGACGCAUGAAUUGGAAACUCUUGAACGAUGGGCGCAAACCCCUGAGACCGACUCUGUUUCUUCGCAGCUUGCAAGUGUGACGGACAGCGAGCCACUUCGGCAGCUGGCAUCUUCUGAGAGAUCAUACGGCUGAUUGAAUCAUCGCACCAACUAAAGAGCAACCAUCUUGAUAUCGAGAUUUAAUUGAUCAAAGCCAGACUCUGAUGGAUGCAGCCUACCGAUAUCGAUCUGCACAGAGAAUUUUUGCCAGCAGAGUUCAAAGAUCUACAACAGGGUCCCUAGAGAAUGAGGAGAGAGAAUCGGGUCCAAAGUCAAUGGGAAAUUGAUCCGGUUUCAAGAGACAGACAGAGUAAGCGAUUCCCUAUAGACAGAAAAUUGCUGUCCAGCGCACAACCAGCGAACUCAUUCUGUUUUAGAUGGCACCAUGGAGCCAUAGGGGGGAUGAGCAAAAGUCAGAAUCAUAUCAAUAAGGACAGUCGUCAUAUGCCCUUGAACGAAGGCCGUACCUUCACACCCACCUUCACCGGUGGGCCAUGUAUCUCGAGAGGACUACGAGUUGUAUACAUGCAAACUAUGAGGGCAGGUCUUCAUGGGAAUGUGUGGUAGAUGUAACCGGCCUGCCUGCGCUAGAACGUCCCUCGUAAAUGUAGUGACAACGACACGGCGUCCCUACACUGCGCAGACCCCAGUGCUGGCUACAGAAGAAAUGUCAAGUCAGAUACGCAGUACUGGGAAUGUCCUUGAGUAUUAUAAUUUCUGAUAUUCAAGGAACUGCUCUCAAAACGGAUUCAGUUUAUGGAGCCUUUUCAGAUUCAUGGUUGGAAAAUAGUGUUCACCUGAGGUAAAGGCCAUCGUUGAUAAUGGCUUUGUUCAGAAAUGUGCCCAAGUGCUUGGAGAUCGCCCGUCGUGGGAAGAUUCGU